UAGUUAUAAAAAAGAAAAUUAAAAAUUAUUAGUUAUUGAUUAGUUGUAUUAAAAAAAUUAAUUUUAUUAAAAAAAAUAUUAGUAUAUUAUACUACAGGUAUUAAUACUACUUAUAAUAAUAAUAUGAUUAACUAUUAUAGCUAUUUACUGGUGAUGUUGUUGUUGUCCGGCACUGGUAUGUGUGCCGUCCUAAUCAAUGAAGAUAUGGACAAUGAAAUCGACAAUUUGUUGGCCGAUAACGAUCGGGUGGCUCUACCCUAUCGACGAUAUCCCGAAUCAAUCGAGGUUUUAGAAAACGAAAUUUGCAAUGUCUUUUACGAGAAAGAGCUGAAAGCUGCCGAUUAUUUGUCCCAUAAAUUUCAUUAUAACCGACACUUGCGUGUAAUGGCCGCCAAUAUAUCGUUGACACGGAUGCGUAUUUGGGAUAACUGUUGCAAUAUUGAUAAAACGUACAUGGUCAAUUUGAUGAUAAAUGCUAACCUAUUAUUGGCCAAAACAAAAGAGUACGCAAAAUAUGCCUUUCAAGCCCUACAGAUGGCCAGUGGUGGUCACAAUUCGGGUAUUACAAUACCCGACGUUAUUUGUCAUUCCGAAAAGUUUUACGAAAAGUUUAGCAAUUCGUUCAACAAUACAGACUACAGACAAUUGUCGGUAAAAGUUAGCAAAGAAUUGGCCGACUCUUGGAUGCCAUACCUGAGGACAGCAUUGAAACUAAAUAACAAUAGAUUGACGACUAGUACUACCAGUGAUUGUAAACCAUUGAACAUAACCUAUGAUCCGACGAUAACCAAAGUCAGGGUUUCCAAACAAAUGGCAUUAUUUGAUACUUUGGACGCAUUAAUGAAAGUCAAAUAAUAAUUGUAAUAAUAAUAAUAAUAAU